AAUGUGAGCUAUAACCUGCUCCAUAGGAAUUUCAGAAAGACUGUGAUAAAACUAAAUGAUAUGCCUGGGCAAAAUGGCAUGCAGUAUUUUGCUGUUGUCAAAAGUAUGACAACAGACCUUUUUAGGCAUGGCUCCAACAGAGAUACACACGCACGCACACUCAUAUAUACACAUGCACACGGAAUAUGUGAGCAGUGAUGUGUCAGAGAAUUCUUCUGAUUGACAGUUAGGCCUACCACAGAGUAUUUUUACCUAUCCGACUAUGGCUGAUAUUCACUUAAAAAUGUACUCCACCUAUUUCGAUCAGCCUCGUGAAAACUAUUCAGUGUGAUUCAGGUAGUGAUUUGAAAGCAGAAUUUGCGAGUAGUUAAUCCGAUUAUUAGCGGAAUAUUAUCUCGAGUAAUUAUAACCAUAGGUUGUCUCUGGAGUUGAUAUGCUCAUGCAUUUCGCUUCACUGACAGUGCUGAUUUUAGAAUCAGACUGACGGUAUUUCAGUUUAGAAGACAUGGCAAGCAAAUCAGUGACAGUGUUACGUUAAAGAUCGCACGAGGCUUUAGGUUAACUUUAUUUGGGUGGAAUUGAAUUCGUGUGAAUUGCGCAGACUUACGCAACAGAAUGCGAGUCCUACAGUUGGCAACAACGGAAUUAAAGCACGCAUUUAGUUUCCAUUUUUGUCUAAUCCGUAUGAUUUCUGCGGGGAUUAACAGACCAAUCAUGAAUAUGGAGAGAGAGUAUGUGUAGGUUAGAAGUAGUUUUGCUGACUGUAAGAGGGAACUGGAUAAAUACUGUCUAACUUCAACGACAAGUAAUGCUAAGGGCAUCCUUAUUUUGGAAAUAUUUUGUAUCCAAAAGGAAACAGCCGGAGUUUUGCCUUUAGGUGACCCAGAUGACAUUGGGGUUGUUCAAACGUCCUGCAACAUGGAGGGAUACACGGAGCUUUGUUUUCUUUUCUGAUUUGGUGGAUGAAUGCAGGAACAGUGCAUAUGAAUCUGUGCGUGUGAAAAGCAGUGUCUCUAACCCAAAUUGCAGGGUGAGAUAUGGAGGGUAGAAAAAUAACAAUGGGAGCAAAGCGUCCUCCACUGCCAGUGCUACAAAUCAAGGGACCAGAGACAGUGACUCAGCCGGCGUAUGACAGGCAUGACAGUCUCACUAUGUCUGAGCCAAUAACACCUUCAUCCUCUUCUUGCUCACCUUCCUCCUCCCCUCCUCUCCCUGGAUCAGCGGUGUAUGCCUUACAGUCCAAGGUCAAGGCCUUGUCCCAGAAAAAAACAAUUGGAAAGGAACGCAAUGACCAGCCACAAGAGCCCAAAUGGCUUCUUACACAAAAGAAAAAGGAGGAGGCCUCAUCCUCCUCUCCAAUGCAUCAUCCUCAGUCUGACUUACCUAGUAGCAGUGAUGAAGAGGGAAUGGACCAGGUUCAGAGGAAUGUCUUUGCAUAUGACCAUUCAUCCCUUGGGGAGCAGAGAGCCCAGGCAGCAUCAGAGAGUGAAGGGGGGAGAGAAAGCCCUUUUUUAAGUGUAGCAGGCCAGACCCGAGGCCUUGGUGAGGGGGCCAGUUUAGAAAGUCUUCUGACCGAUGGUUCUGGAGGUUUGCAAGAGGAUACCCUCACAUCCAGGUCUUCCUCUACCAUGUCCUCCUCCUCCAGAUCCUGGGCACCUCCAAAGGGCUUCUGGCGUGUCGCUCGCCCAGAGACACUCAUCUUGGAUGCAGAGAAUGCCUCCAAGGACAUGCCACCUCCAGGUGCAGAUGGAUUCCAGGGAAAACCAAAGAUGAAAAUAGGGGGUGCGGAGUUAGACAGCUUCAAGGAAUUACACCACUCCGACAGCCUGGAGAGUCACCAUAGGAGGUGCUGGCAACGUGAGGCGAGCACAGAAGAGUCCUCUGAGGGACUGUGGAGAGCAGACAGUUUGGACAAUGAGUCUCCUCAAGGGGGGACACCUUUUCUGCCUGAGAGGGUGGAGAGGAACCAAAGAACUCUCAGGCAGAUGCAGACCCUCUGUAGGCACAACGCACCAGGCACAGAGGAGACAGCGGCUGACUUAGACAGGCAGCAUUGCCAAGGUGAUUAUGUCAGGGGUGCGGAAAGCUCUGGUAAGGAAGCAUAUCCACUGUAUGCCUUUUGUAGUUCUGGUUUAUUGGACUUUAUUUGGUAUUUUCAGUCAGUAAACAAAAUGAUUUUAAAAGGAAUACUCUACAAGUUGAACUCAUUGAACACCAGUGGCAGGCUCUAUUCUAGUUGUGAUGAAACAUAUGUCCCUGGACUCAUUUUUGUCUUGUUAACUCACUUACUAUGAAUAUACCCUAUUCAGCUAGAUGACUGGAGGCAAAGUACCAUACAGGUUGCUUUUCAGAUAAGUUGUGUAGCAUGUGUGCAUUUGAGGUGUUACUCCAUAUUUUAUGCUUUAUCCCUUAUGUGCUUAAACAUCGUAUUGCACUAUGUACUGUACAGAAUGUACAAUGUGCGAAUGACAAUCAGACCCUCAUUUCUGUGCAAUCCAGCCCCGGAUCAUGAGCAGGUCACACACACAGAGCCCACUCCCUCCACACGGCCACUGUGAGCAGAUGUGCUGCCCGUUGGCUGUGAUUACGGGCCUGGGGGAGGGGCGGGAACCGGAGCUGCAGUGGCAUCACAGAGUAAUGUUUUAAUACCGCGCAGUGAACUGACUGCCUAAAAUCUGCUCCUCGGCUCAACCUCCCCUGGGAGCCUUAUGCAACCAGAUGUGCAGGCUCUGUUGGCUGGCAGACCUCAGGUCAGAGAGUGGGUGUGAGUUAUUUAUUCCCCAUUGUUGCAUUGCUCUGAAAAGUCACUUUAUGGGAUGGUUGUCCCAUAACAACUCAGACAUGCCUGU